CCCCAAUUCAAAAAAUACACACUUUCACACACACACAUUAGAAAAACGCACACACAGUGCAAAAAACACACAAACACACAGUUCCGUCAUAAAUGUUCGCCGGCGCAGUUCCCUCCUCUCACCGGUCUUCCGUGCUUUCUCUCUCUAGAACGAGUCAGCGCGCAUGAAGUGUAUUAUUUUCGCUCCUCUUUCUCUCUCUAGAAAGCGCCUUUCGCUGAUAGCUGUUUUAGCAGUCCUUUCCAUGCCGUAUUUGCUAGAGUAUGUGUGUGUAUGUAAAGGCGCAGAGUAUUUCUCUCUCUAGAAUGUGUGAGCGGAAUUUGAACAUGAGCUGGAUGUAAAAGCUUGUUUGACGAUGGCGAUGGUUUUCGAGGCUUUGUCGUGCCUUUUUCCGAUAAUCUCGAUUUGAUUUUCCCCAAAUUCUUGUGUUUUUUUCGUUUUUCAAAAAAGUAAGAGAAAGUCUCUCUCUCUCUCUCUGUUAAUUUCAAUUAUUUUUUAUUUUGAAAUUUCGACCCUUUUGCUCUUCCUAUUUCGGUUGAUUUGAAUUUGGAUAGAAGAAAAUGGAGAGAGCUCGGCACCGGAAAUCUAAAAGUGCUUCUGGCAUUGAAGGAAUUCUGCAGCAUCAGAAAGCUGCUCCAAGAUUGUCCGCGGACUCUCGAACUUACAUAGAUGGAAGCAAAAGGGAUGACUUGUUUAUGCUCGAGUUAGGGCAGAGCUCAUGGCCAAGGCCCACCGGAACUCCAAUGAAGAAGCUCCUCGCAGAAGAAAUGUCCCGUGAACUUGAGCCCAGGAGACGUCCGCCAAGUGUCGUUGCCAGAUUAAUGGGUCUCGAUGGCCUGCCUUCCCCAAGGCACAUCCACGGACAGCAGAAAAGGCUCUUGGAGACUUACCAAGCAAAAACGAGAAACCUACAUUAUGAUGCCCGGACAAACAGAAGCCCACCGGAGUUCAAGGACGUGUAUGAGGAUUUGGAGGCCGCCAGCCGCCGCCGGUGUUCCUCAAGGUGGAGCGCGAGCUCGAUCCUCACCAAGCCCGAGCUUGCCCUCAUCAGGCAGAAGCUUCGGGUCUCGGACGAGAUGGACCAAAUUCCGAAACACCACUCGCAUCACGAUUCUCCCGUAAACCGCAUAGCAGUUUUAAAGCCGUACGAAAGCAAAGGCAAGCAUGCAAGCAGGCCCGCAAUCAAUUCGAGACGUGAGGACGGGCUUCUGCUCGAACGGCACCGCCACCCGACCCACAUUUGCCGGAGUCCAUCGAGGGCCCAAUCAGAGAAGGGGGAAGAGGAAAAGGAAAAGGAUCUCCCCACAAGAAUUGUUGUCCUGAAGCCGAACCUCGGGAACAUUCAAAACCCGACCCACAUUUCCCAAAGAAGGAAAGACUCAUCCAGGCCAGUAUCUAAGGAGGCUCGGGAAAUAGCGAGAGAGAUCACGAUGCGGAUGAGGGACAGGUAUGACGAGACUAAUGACACAUGGUCUGUUUGGGGUAGAGGGUAUGCAGGGGACGAGAGCUCGUAUGAGGCCAAUGAAAGUGAUUCCGAGAGUGAGUUUGAGGGGUUCCGGUUUUCCCGUGGAAAAUCUUUUGGAUACCCAUCUUUUGCGCAGGUCGAGUCAUCUGUGAGUAGGGAGGCCAAGAAAAGGCUGUCCGAGAGGUGGAAGAUGACUCACAGUUAUCGGGACAUGGAGGUGGUUAAUAUCAAGGGCAGCACAUUAGGGGAGAUGCUAAAGCUGCCUGACCGAGAAGCGAAGCACAGCCGUUUAAAUGCGAAGACAAGUCCUUCAGGUAUUAGUAGUAGGGAUGGGUGGACGGACGAGAUCACCAGAAAUACAUGUAGGUCCAAAUCCCUUCCUCCAGGUGGCGGAGGAAGAAGGAUCCGUAAGACGAGAUCAUAUCGUGAGGGUUUGGCUGAGGAAAAAGUUGUGAUGAGCUGUGAGACUGUAAAUUGUGGUAAAAGUGAGUUUGUGAAGAGAAAUGUACGUAAUGAGGAGGAUUAUCUGUCUAGAUACUCCAAAUCUCGGGGGAAGAAGCCACAUCCACGCCAGGACAUGUAUAUUGGUGAGAUUGACACGUCAACAGAGGCAAAUAUUGAGAUUCAAAUGGAGGCAAAUAUUAAGGACAUAUCAGAACAGCAGAUGGCUUUUGAAAUGUCUGCUAAGGCAGACGCGUGUUGGAGUCCCGUGGUUGAUGUGGUUAUGAUUUCUGAACCUGUGAGCACAACUUUGUCUCCGGAACCUUCUAAUUUAGGCCAGAAGCAGCCGUCUUCGGUUAUGGAGGGUGAUGAAUCUGCCUUUCAAGAACGAGGGAAUUGUGGGGCCCAGGAACUGGACAAGGUAGCAACCAAACCUACCUCUCCUUCCUCAGCGUGCACGGGAGCUGAGCUGGAAUCUUCUGAAUGCUCCAAAGAGGCCGAUCAUCCAAGCCCAACUUCAGUCCUUGAAGCCCCUUUUAUGGAAGACGCAUCAUCUGCUGAAUGCUUUGAAAGAGUCGGUGCUGAACUUCAGGAACUCCGAUUGCAACUGCAGCUCCUCAAGAUGGAGUCGAGCACCGAUGCUGGCGUGUCCACACAUUUCGCUAUCGAGGAAGAAGACGCUCAACCGUCCCACAUUGCCCCCGAAGAAAAUUACACAAAAAAUCCCCAAGGCUGGGAAGCUCAUUAUACACUCGACGUGCUAAUCGCCUCUGGGCUUCCUCAAGAGCUCGACUUUAGCAUAUUCAAAACAUCAUGGUACUCCUCAGACUGCCCUCUGGACCCGAAAUUAUUCGACACACUCGAGAAGAAAUACAAUGAUGAUGACGAUGAUGAGAAGAAAUGGGAAAGGAAGUUACUUUUCGACAGGAUAAGUUUUGCACUAAAGCAGAUUUUCAUGGAGCACGUGGACCCGUGCCCAUGGGUCAUGCCGAAAUCGACGGGUUCGAAUCUAGUGAAGUGGCGGGCCCACGGGAUUAUUGUGGACUCUGUUGAUGAUAAAGUGGUGGAGCAGUUGGAGCUGCCGGAAGUCCAGAUGAUGUCGGAAAAGACUGUGGAUAGGGAGAUGGGGUGGGUGGGCCCCAGGGGAGAAGUCGAGAUGGUUGGUAACGAAAUCGAGAGGUUGUUAAUGGAUGAUAUGGUGGCUGAGGUUCUUCUGUGUAUGUAGCUAAAUGAAAU